UUCUUUCUCGUUCACACACACUGGCUAUCUCUAUAUUGCAAAUCAAUGGUGAUCAUGAAAUUAUCAAGUUGUUUUUUCUGGGAAAAAACUUUCAUUGGAAAAAAAAGUGUUCAACGUUCAAGUUUUACCUUGUUUGAUGAAUUUAUUUAGUUUUGAAUUUACUUAUAAUAUUGAUUGAUUGAUUAUGAAUGAUAACAACGAUACAGAUUUAAUUGUACGCAAACGAAUUAUCAAUCAUCGUAAUAAACAAAUUGAAACAAGAAUAAAAAGACAUGUGAUUAUUGAAAAUGGUCAAAUGAUUUUGGAUAGUGGUCCACAAGUAACAACUAAAACAAUUGAAGAUACCCGGCAAGAAUCUGAAGAAUAUGAUAAAAAUGGUCAACAAACUCAUUAUACAUCGAAUGAUGAUGAUGAUCAAAUAAAUAAAAAUGAUGAUGGCAAUAAAGUUGUCAACGAUACAAACAAAUGUCAUAAAUCAAACUUAAACAAAACAUAUUUGUUUGGUGAAGAUAUGAUAAAGAGAAAAACAACAAACAGGAUUAAUAUACCAAAAUAUUAUUAUGGAUCAAAUCCGUCAAAGAAUUUUAAAACCGAACAUUCAACAAUGAUGAAGAUGAACAACAAUUUGUUAAUGAAAAGUAAUUCAAUAAUGAAUGAUAAAGCAAUCAUUGAUGAACAGGAUUGUCAAUAUGCAUAUGAAACGGAUCGUUUUAGUCGAAGAAUUAAUCCCAAGUAUGGUAAUGAAACAAAUCAUCAUCCUGAAUAUAAUAAACGCACACAAUUAUGGUCGUUAUAAAUGUGUCAAUGUUUUUAUUUAAAAAAUAGUU